GAGAGUUGGAGCAGUUGGAGGCAGCUGGACCGGCGGCAGCAGUAGGUGCUGUCCCAUCAUCAGAUCACACCCAACGGGGCCGCAGCGCACCGCUCCUCCGGCCGAACACCAUGACACCCGGAUCCAGGACCGCAGCCUGAGCCGCACCGAGGACCGAACCUCCGGAGGACCGCGGGCACACGCACACAGCCGCGCUCACACGCACGCUCACGCGCGGGUCAGCGGCGCCGAAGAUCGCAGCGACCCACCGGCAGAUUGACGGAGGGAGCCGCGGAGCUGCCGCUGCGGAGACGCGUCCCGCGACAGAAUCCGGUCCGCGCGAGUUAUUUCACGCCCACGCAGAUUUUAAAACAUGUCAUCUUCGGGGAAGGACGCCAACAGCGGGCAUUACGCCAACUAUGUGGGACCGUACCGGCUGGAGAAGACGCUGGGAAAAGGACAGACAGGUCUGGUGAAGCUGGGUCUCCACUGUGUCACAGGUCAAAAGGUCGCCAUAAAGAUCGUCAACAGAGAAAAGCUCAGCGAGUCCGUUCUAAUGAAGGUGGAGCGGGAGAUCGCCAUCCUGAAACUCAUCGAGCAUCCUCACGUCCUGAAGCUGCACGACGUCUACGAAAACAAGAAAUACCUGUACCUGGUGCUGGAACACGUGUCCGGCGGGGAGCUGUUCGACUACCUGGUGAAGAAAGGCCGGCUGACGCCCAAAGAGGCCCGGAAGUUCUUCAGACAGAUCAUCUCAGCGCUGGACUUCUGCCACAGCCACUCCAUCUGCCACAGAGAUCUGAAGCCAGAGAACUUGUUGUUGGAUGAGAAGAACAACAUCAGAAUAGCGGACUUCGGCAUGGCGUCUCUGCAGGUCGGGGACAGUCUGCUGGAGACCAGCUGUGGAUCUCCGCACUACGCCUGCCCGGAGGUCAUCAGGGGAGAGAAAUACGACGGGAGGAAAGCAGACGCAUGGAGCUGCGGAGUCAUCCUGUUUGCACUUUUAGUGGGCGCGCUGCCGUUCGACGACGACAACCUGAGGAACCUCCUGGAGAAGGUGAAGCUGGGAGUUUUCCACAUGCCGCACUUCAUCCCUCCGGACUGCCAGAACCUCCUGCGGGGGAUGAUCGAGGUGGACGCCGCCAAGCGUCUGACGUUAGAGCAGAUCCAGAAACACACCUGGUACCUGGCUGGAAAAAACGAGCCGGAGCCGGAGCAGCCGGUUCCCAGGAAGGUGUCCAUCAGGACGCUGGGCGCGCCGGAGGAGAUCGACCCGGACGUCCUGGAGAGCAUGCACUCCCUGGGCUGCUUCAGGGACAAGGACAAGCUGACCAAAGACCUGCUGUCUGAGGAUGACAACCAGGAGAAGAUGAUCUACUUCCUGCUGCUGGACCGGAAGGAGAGAUACCCGAGCCAGGAGGACCAGAACUUGCCGCCGCGCAACGAGAUCGCAGAUCCUCCCAGGAAGCGCGUUGACUCGCCCAUGCUGAGCCGCCACGGCAAGCGGCGACCAGAGAGGAAGUCCAUGGAGGUUCUGACCGUCACAGAGGGCGGGUCGCCCGUCCCGGUGCGGCGAGCCAUCGACAUGGCAACCCAUGGUCAGAGCAAAUCUGUUUUCAGUAAAAGCUUGGAUAUCACAAACGCUAACUGCAGCAAGGAGGAAAGGUCGCGGUCGAUCAGCGGAGCGUCCUCCGGUCUGUCCACCAGCCCCCUCAGCAGUCCCAGGGUAACCCCCCACCCCUCCCCCAGGGGGAGCCCCCUCCCCACCCCGAAGGGCACGCCGGUGCACACGCCCAAGGAGAGCCCGGCCGGCACGCCGAGCCCCACGCCGCCGCCGAGCCCGUCCAUCGGCGGGAUGCCCUGGAGGACGCGCCUCAACUCCAUCAAGAACAGCUUCCUGGGAUCGCCGCGCUUCCACCGCAGGAAAAUGCAAGUUCCCACCCAGGAGGACAUGUCCAGUCUGACCCCAGACUCGUCUCCAGAGCUGGCUAAGAAGUCGUGGUUUGGGAACUUCAUCAACCUGGAGAAAGAGGAGCAGAUCUUCAUCGUGAUCCGGGACAAACCUCUGAGCUCCAUCAAGGCCGACAUCGUUCACGCCUUCCUGUCCAUCCCCAGCCUGAGCCACAGCGUCAUUUCUCAGACCAGCUUCAGGGCCGAGUACAAAUCCACGGCCGGUCCCACGGUUUUCCAGAAGCCGGUCAAGUUCCAGGUGGACAUCACCUACACAGAGAGCAGCGGCGCCACCAAGGAGAACGGCAUCUACUCCGUCACCUUCACCCUGCUGUCAGGUCCAAGUCGGCGUUUUAAGCGCGUGGUGGAAACCAUCCAGGCGCAGCUGCUCAGCUCCAACGACCAGCCGGGCAUCCAGCCGCAGAUAUCCGACGUCUCCCAGCGCUCAGCCAGUAAAUCCUCCAAACGCGGCAGCCCGUUGAGUAACUUCUUUGACGUAAUUAAACAGCUUUUUUCAGACGAGAAGAACAUCCAAGCGUCGCACUCCCCAGGCGCCCCUACCUCGACUAGCUCCCCCACCAAGCAUGCCCCCGGCAGCAGGCCCAGCCAGAAUCCGCCCAAUGACUCGAAAUGCCCCCCAGGCAAAGACAAAACAAAGAUGGCCGCCAGCAACAGGACACAGGAACACCCUUAAGGAGCAGUAGCUGUGCAUGACUAGAUGAAAAGCAGGAAUCAGGUCAUUAAGAAGCAGAGAGCUGCUAACUUUACCCUUUAGCUCCGAGUGAAAGUAAAAAAAAAUCUACUUUUUGCCUAUAAAUUUUGUACUGUAUAAUGGGAAUGGCUCAGUUUAAAAGUCGAUCAGUAUUUUAAGAACUAGUAGCAAAUGUAGCUUUGCUGUCCCUCCCUUGUGUCCCUCUGUGUCCUCCUCACAUGUGUGAUGGCUUGACUUGUCUCUGCCACCAGGGAUCAUCCAUAAUAGCUAUUAACCUCGACGGCUCCUCAGCUGCAGCCCGCUCACGGCCCGCCACCGCCGCCGAACCGAGCCCGACGCUGAGGGAAAGGCGGAGCAUCCCUUUUGAUUCCACUUCGCCCAACAUUACCAAACGCAGACCAUCUCAGAAGAGUUGUAAAAAGGAAAAAAGGCCUUAAGACAGUGAUGUUUGUCCUCCUCUUCAUCCUUUCUCUUCCACUUUUCCCCACAUGUACAUACAAAAAACUACAAAACUGACUCCUUUAUGGGAUUUCCUGACUUGAAUCGGAGGCGGACGGAGGGACGGACUCUGGUUUCUUUUUAAAGUUGAGUUUUUUGUGGCUGAUUCUGGCAACCCAGGAUAGUACAGGGCGUUCCGUGAUGUUCUAAAGAUGAAUGAUCUCUUCUGUUGUACAGGCCAGUUGAUGAUCUGUGUUGUGACAUUAGGUUUUAAGUUGAUUUGUAUUUAUGUUCAGGUGUGGUCACACCAGAAAGGGAUUGAUCCAUUAGCUAAUUCUGACAGCCUGCCAUUCAUUUCUGUGCCAUCUUUCUCCUAAUGUCUCAAUUUAAGUUCUCCAACUUAAAUAGAGAAUUUAACUCAAUUUAUUAAAUUGAGAACUUAAAUGUCUCAAUUUAAGUUCUCUAAGUCUGAUGAGACGCAGAAUCUUAAAAUGAACAAUUUGUUGGAUGCAACGUUAACAUCUCACCCUCAGUACUUCCAGUGGCUGUGGUUAGCAUAGCCGUCGUCGCUCAGUCACAUGCUAAGGACAGCCUGGCGUUUCUUUACGACCGAUAGAUACUGCAGCAUGAAUUUGAAAAACUUUUCUUCUUCUUUACUUACAAACAAUGAUUUUACUGAUUAUAGAAGAGAAAUUUAAAUUUCAAAGUAAAGAUUUUUUUAAAAACUGGAUUUAUCUUUCAUAAACUUUAUUAAACUAGAGCCUAGAACCGUAAGGCUUAUCUUUAGAGAAACAUUAAGCUUCAGUGAACACAUCCUUGAUGCUAGCGCCACCUUCUGGUCCAAUUAUUAAAGUAGAAAAGGUGACAUUCUGGGCCAUUAUUGGCUGUUUGACACUACAUACAUAAAUGCACUGGAUGAAAUAUUGUUCUUCUGUUAAAAAUUGAUUUUUUUUUGCAGCUGGCGCCCUCUGCUGUUGGUUCAGCAGAUUACAACUCUAAGACACCAUACAGUUUAUAUAAUAAUUUUUACAGUUUUUAAUUUAUUUUAGUUUUGAGUGAUUCUGGUGUGACCACAUUGUUAGUAAAAUGUCUUUCUGUUAUGUUGCACUUUCGACAGCACUUCGGUUACAUUAAAGUGUUUUUUUUACAUUUUGUUAUUUUUUGUAUUAUCUGCAGGUUUCAGACGAUACUGAACUGCUCUGAAUAUUUUUCUAUUUUAAUGCAUUUUUCAUGCGCUAUUUAUCAGUUAUUUAUAUCAAAGAUGUAGAGAAUGUUCCUGAAAUUGAUUAUUUAAAGAUAUUUUUGUCAUUUUUAAUUUAUUUUUUCUUUUCCCUGUUUGUUUUUUUUGUUGUUUUUUUGAGGAGAGAAACUUUGUAAUAUAUGUUUGAAACUGAUUUGUUGUAUUUAAGAAUGUAGAUUUAGCCUCUUUGGGAGGAAACCCCAUCUGUUGGGCGAAUGAAGACUCAAACAUUCAUCGUGUAAAGAAGCAGUUUUCCUGACGAGCUUAUUUAAAAAACCAGGGGGAUUCCUGAUCUUAGCUUUGACCUUUGACCUCGUACGGUUGUUUGCAUGUUCAGCAUUCGUCUUUUCUUUGCAUGUCGCUGUUGAAAUGUUCACCCGUUCCCUUUUUGUGUCUAGGUUUUUAUGCAUUUUUUUAUCUGAGCUUUCUCAUUAAUUUUACCUUCAGAUUUGUUAUUUUUGAUAUUAAUUCAUUCUUUUGCCAGCCUCUUCCUUCCUCCCCUUUAUAUCUGAUUACUGUAAGCACACAGUAAACUUGCAUCCUAAUCACUCAUGUUUCUCGGAGACGGACUCGGUUCAGAGGAAACCUAAAGCAAUACCUUCCAUCCUUCGCUUUUUCUACCGCGGGAAUCCAGAGCACACUGAACGGACUCGGAGCAGGAGAACCACUGGCAAUGUAUUCCCUUGUGAUGUUACUGUGAACAAAUUCAGUGCUAAAGGAAUAAAUCUGUUGACUUUG